AUGGCUCUUAAACCCUUCCUCACGUUCACAUUCCUCUUCUUCGCGCCUAUUAGCCACGUGUCAUCCAUCGAUUUGAACUCGUCCGAUUUCGCAAAAGCCUAUUUGAAACACUACGGCUAUCUUCAACACGCCGACGGCAACAUAGAAUCGGCCAUGAAAUUAUUCCAACAGAGCCACGAAAUAAGGGCCACAGCGUCAUUAGACGCGGAGACCUUAUCGGCGAUGAAACGGCCCCGGUGCGGCGUCCCCGACGUGGCCGGCGGCGUCAACUUGAUGCAACGCAACCGCAGCGCCUACGCUUUAAUCCCGGGGCACCCGAAAUGGCCCUUCUUCCAGCUAUCCUACGUCCUGAGAAACUUCCCCGACGCGGCCAAGCCCCAACUUGAAAGCGCUCUCGACAAAUGGAGUCACGUCUCCGGCUUCACUUUCUCGGAGAACAAGGGGUUCUACGACCACGAUCUGUCCAUAGGGUUUUAUCGGCUGGGGCACGGCGACCGUACCCGUUCGAUGGGCCGGGCGGAGUGCUGGCCCAUUCGUUCGCGCCCACCAACGGUGGCAUCCAUUUCGAUGAUGACGAGCUAUGGUCGUUCCAGUCCGAGCAUGGCAAGUUUAUCGACUUCGAGAGCGUAG